CCAGGCCAUCUCCACCAAGAGCAGCACAGCACUACGGCACAGCAGCAGCAGCAGCAGCAGCAGCAGCAGCAGCAGCAGCAGCAGCAGCAGCAGCAGCAGCAGCAGCAGCAGCAGCAGCAGCAGCAGCAGCAGCAGCAGCAGCGGUUGUCAUCAGCAGCACGCCCACCUCUGCAGGGCCUCGUACUCCGCCACCGCCGCCCGCAUGCGCUCCUCCGCCUCCGAUAG